UGGUUGCGUGGAGGGUUGUUUGAUUUCCACCCCCAUUCCCCUCUUUUUCUUUUCUUUUCUUUUCCCUUUUUCCCCCCUUUCCUUCCUGAGUCUUAUUAAUUUCUCUGCGGGGUUGCGGCUGGAGACCGUGGAGCGUUGGAAAUGACGCUCGGAGCUUUAAUUACCGCAAUGGCUGGACAAGUGUGAGGAAAGCUGACAGGGGAAAAAAAAGAGGGACAGGAUCCCGGAGAAGCAAAGAAGUAACCCCCUCUCCUUUUCCCUCCAGAUUUGGACAGGAGGUGCAAGGAGACUGAAGAGAGAGCUGAACAUAGCCCGGCUUUGGGGGAGAGGCCGGAACCCUGCCGCCUCUUUGCAAUCAACUUUUUUUGGAAGCCUUCCCCCCCUCUUUCUUUUUAUUGUUGACCAACCAGUGAGAGAAAGAGAGGGAGCGAGCGAGCGAGCGAGCGAGAAAGUGAGGAGGGAGCGAGCGAGCGGAGGAUCACUCCGGGAAAUAGCUGUACCAUUCUGCUUGGAGCACCAGCCGCACAGUCGCGCACACUCCCACCCGCGCGCACUCUCCCGCGGUCCCUUGCCCGGUCCGCGGGUCCCCGGGCCCUGGAAGCCGCCCGCGCCGCCGACUCGCUCGCCAGCCCCGGGAGCCCGUGCACCGCGCGCGCCGUGCCCGUCCCCCUCGCGCCCCCAACGCGCUCCCGGCUGAGGGGGAAAAUCUCCUCCGCGUGCCCGCAAGGGGCUAUGCCAUUUGGACAUGUAAUUGUCAGCGCGGGAUCUGAGACUUGCCAAAAAUGAAGCUGGCGACGGGACUGUGGGUCUGGGGGAGCCUUCUGGUGGCAGCGGGGACCGUCCAGCCCAGCGCUUCUCAGUCAGUGUGCGCAGGAACCGAGAAUAAACUAAGCUCUCUCUCUGACCUGGAACAGCAGUACCGAGCCUUGCGCAAAUACUAUGAAAACUGUGAGGUAGUCAUGGGCAACCUGGAGAUCACCAGCAUCGAGCACAACCGGGACCUCUCCUUCUUGCGGUCUAUCCGAGAAGUCACUGGCUAUGUACUGGUGGCCCUGAACCAGUUUCGUUACCUGCCCCUGGAGAAUUUGCGCAUUAUUCGUGGGACAAAACUGUAUGAAGAUCGCUAUGCCUUAGCCAUCUUCCUAAACUACAGGAAAGAUGGAAACUUUGGACUACAAGAACUUGGAUUAAAGAACCUGACUGAAAUUCUAAAUGGUGGAGUCUACGUAGACCAGAACAAAUUCCUGUGUUAUGCUGACACCAUACACUGGCAGGAUAUUGUCAGAAACCCAUGGCCUUCCAACAUGACUCUGGUGUCAACAAAUGGGAGCUCUGGAUGUGGAAGAUGCCAUAAAUCCUGCACUGGCCGAUGCUGGGGGCCCACAGAAAAACACUGCCAGACCUUGACAAGGACUGUGUGCGCUGAACAGUGUGAUGGCAGGUGCUAUGGACCCUACGUGAGUGACUGCUGUCAUCGAGAGUGUGCUGGAGGCUGCGCAGGACCAAAGGACACCGACUGCUUUGCCUGCAUGAACUUCAAUGACAGUGGAGCCUGUGUUACUCAGUGUCCACAAACAUUUGUCUACAACCCAACCACCUUUCAACUGGAACACAACUUCAAUGCAAAGUACACGUAUGGAGCAUUCUGUGUGAAGAAAUGCCCACACAACUUUGUGGUAGAUUCCAGUUCUUGUGUGCGUGCCUGUCCUAGUUCCAAGAUGGAGGUUGAAGAAAAUGGGAUUAAAAUGUGUAAACCUUGCACUGAUAUUUGCCCCAAAGCAUGUGAUGGCAUCGGCACGGGAUCACUGUUGUCAGCCCAGACUGUGGAUUCCAGUAACAUUGACAAAUUCAUAAACUGCACAAAGAUCAACGGCAAUCUCAUCUUCCUUGUGACUGGGAUUCACGGGGACCCUUACAAUGCAAUUGACGCCAUAGACCCAGAGAAACUAAAUGUCUUUCGGACAGUUAGAGAAAUAACAGGUUUCCUGAACAUACAAUCUUGGCCCCCAAAUAUGACAGAUUUCAGUGUUUUCUCUAACCUCGUCACCAUAGGAGGGAGAGUCCUCUACAGUGGCCUCUCGUUGCUUAUUCUCAAACAACAAGGCAUCACCUCCUUACAGUUCCAGUCCCUGAAGGAGAUCAGUGCAGGCAACAUCUACAUUACUGACAACAGCAACCUGUGCUAUUAUCAUACCAUUAACUGGACGACACUCUUCAGCACCAUUAACCAGAGAAUAGUGAUCCGAGACAACAGAAGAGCUGACAACUGUACUGCUGAAGGGAUGGUGUGCAACCACCUCUGUUCAAGUGAUGGCUGUUGGGGACCUGGACCAGACCAGUGCCUUUCAUGUCAGCGUUUCAGCAGGGGGAAAAUCUGCAUAGAGUCGUGCAACCUCUAUGAUGGGGAAUUUCGAGAGUUUGAAAAUGGUUCCAUCUGUGUUGAAUGCGACUCUCAGUGCGAGAAGAUGGAAGACGGUCUCCUCACGUGCCAUGGACCGGGCCCUGACAACUGUACAAAGUGUUCUCAUUUUAAGGAUGGUCCAAACUGUGUGGAGAAAUGUCCAGAUGGCCUACAGGGAGCGAACAGUUUCAUUUUUAAGUUCGCAGAUCAGGAUCGGGAGUGUCACCCAUGCCAUCCGAACUGUACCCAAGGGUGUAACGGUCCCACUAGUCAUGACUGCAUUUACUACCCAUGGACGGGCCAUUCCACUUUACCACAACAUGCUAGAACUCCGCUGAUUGCAGCUGGAGUCAUUGGUGGGCUUUUCAUCCUGGUCAUCAUGGCUUUGACAUUUGCAGUGUACGUCAGAAGGAAGAGCAUCAAAAAGAAACGAGCCUUGCGGAGAUUCCUGGAGACAGAGCUGGUAGAGCCCUUGACCCCCAGUGGCACAGCCCCGAACCAAGCUCAACUUCGCAUUCUGAAGGAAACGGAACUGAAGAGGGUAAAGGUCCUGGGCUCGGGAGCUUUUGGAACCGUUUAUAAAGGUAUUUGGGUGCCUGAAGGUGAAACAGUGAAAAUUCCUGUGGCUAUUAAGAUCCUCAAUGAGACGACUGGCCCCAAAGCCAAUGUGGAGUUCAUGGAUGAGGCUCUGAUCAUGGCAAGUAUGGACCAUCCACAUCUAGUUCGCUUACUGGGCGUGUGCCUGAGCCCCACUAUCCAGCUGGUUACCCAACUGAUGCCGCAUGGCUGCCUACUGGACUAUGUCCACGAACACAAGGAUAACAUAGGAUCGCAGCUGCUCUUGAACUGGUGUGUCCAGAUUGCAAAGGGAAUGAUGUACCUGGAAGAAAGACGGCUUGUUCAUCGGGAUCUAGCAGCCCGUAAUGUCUUAGUGAAAUCUCCAAAUCACGUGAAAAUCACAGAUUUUGGACUAGCCCGACUCUUGGAAGGAGAUGAAAAAGAGUACAAUGCUGAUGGUGGCAAGAUGCCAAUUAAGUGGAUGGCUCUGGAAUGUAUACAUUAUAGAAAAUUCACUCAUCAAAGCGAUGUUUGGAGUUAUGGUGUCACUAUAUGGGAACUGAUGACCUUUGGAGGAAAACCCUAUGAUGGAAUCCCAACCCGAGAAAUCCCUGACUUAUUGGAGAAAGGCGAGCGUUUGCCUCAGCCCCCCAUCUGCACGAUUGACGUUUACAUGGUCAUGGUGAAAUGUUGGAUGAUCGAUGCUGACAGCAGACCUAAAUUCAAGGAAUUGGCUGCUGAGUUUUCAAGGAUGGCUAGAGACCCUCAAAGAUACCUAGUUAUUCAGGGUGAUGAUCGUAUGAAGCUUCCCAGUCCAAAUGACAGCAAAUUCUUCCAGAAUCUCUUGGAUGAAGAGGAUUUGGAAGAUAUGAUGGAUGCUGAAGAAUACUUGGUUCCCCAGGCUUUCAACAUCCCUCCUCCCAUCUACACAUCCAGAGCAAGAAUUGACUCCAACAGGAGUGAAAUUGGACACAGCCCUCCUCCUGCCUACACCCCCAUGUCGGGAAAUCAGUUUGUGUACCAGGACGGGGGCUUUGCCGCACAGCAAGGAAUGCCUGUGCCCUACAGAGCCACAACCAGCACCAUACCGGAAGCUCCCGUCACUCAGGGUGCGACAGCUGAGAUGUUUGAUGACUCCUGCUGUAAUGGUACCCUACGCAAGCCAGUGGCACCCCAUGUCCAAGAGGACAGCAGCACCCAGAGGUACAGCGCUGACCCCACAGUGUUUGCCCCAGAACGGAACCCACGCGGAGAACUGGAUGAAGAAGGCUACAUGACCCCUAACAAGCCCAAACAAGAAUAUCUGAAUCCUGUGGAAGAGAACCCUUUUGUGUCACGGAGAAAGAAUGGAGACCUUCAAGCUUUAGAUAAUCCGGAAUAUCACAGCGCUUCCAGCGGUCCAGCCAAGGCCGAGGAUGAGUACGUCAAUGAGCCACUCUAUCUCAACACCUUCGCUAACGCCUUGGGGAACGCGGAGUACAUGAAGAACAGCGUACUGUCAGUGCCAGAGAAAGCCAAGAAAGCGUUUGACAACCCCGACUACUGGAACCACAGCCUACCACCCCGGAGCACUCUUCAGCACCCAGACUACCUGCAGGAAUACAGCACAAAAUAUUUUUAUAAACAGAAUGGACGGAUCCGCCCUAUUGUGGCAGAGAAUCCCGAGUACCUCUCUGAGUUCACACUGAAGCCAGGCACCAUGCUGCCCCCUCCACCCUACAGACACCGGAAUACUGUGGUGUGAGCUCAGCUGGGGUGUUAGGCGGAGAGACACGCCCACUCCAUUUCCCCUUUCCCCUCCUCUUUCUCUGGUGGUCUUCCUUCUUCUCCUGAGGCCAGUAGUUUUGACACUUCCCAGUGGAAGACAUAGAGACAGAGACGCGAUGAUAGUUCUGUGCUUACCUAAACUUGAACUUUAGAAAGGAAGGCUGGAAGAGAAAGACAGGAGGGCACACACUGUUUCUUCAUUUCUUCAUAUGGGUUGGUCGACAGAGUGUCGGUCAGAGCUAGAGGAGGUCUAGGAAAUAUAAGGCAAUACUGCCUGCUGUCGAAGAGUCCCAAUUUGUUCCCUUUGCACACACAC